GAGGGGGGCGGGACUCUUCCUGUUCGGUUGUCUCGCGGUCGGUGACAGCUCGCGCGUGCAGAUGAUGGCGGUAAAUAAAAGCUCCACACAGACAUAUACAAAAAAAACAAGGAUUUCUUAAAAAAGAAACGUAUCUCUUUAAAAAGAACACUGCAACAACGGUUUACAGCAGAAAACCUCAUCCUAACCACAUUCAUUUCCAGUACGACUUUUACAGCCUCUUAAAGUUUGAGGUGAUUUUAAAAAUCUUUUUUUCUUGUUUUGGGAGGCUGGGGUUUUUAAUUUGGGGGAGACCGACCUCCUGUUGUUUUUGGGUCGUGUGCUUGUAGUUUUUUUUCCUCUCCUUCUUGCUGGAAGCGCAUUUGCCUUUGGCGAUCUGCAGUGCCCCGGCGCCCCGCGUCCCUCGCGCUGCCGGGCGAAGUUGUCUCGCAGGAGCCCGGGAGCCCGGGUCUCGCGACUCGCGUCUCGGGUCUGCGGUCUUUGUUCUGGAGCGGUUUUCCUGCAUGAUGAGGAGGGCGCCAGGCCUGCCAGCCAGCGCGUCCUGAAGCUGCAGAGAGGGUGCGAUGUUGACGGGGCAGCCCCCGGUGUCUCAGCGUACCGGGUCCCUGUCCCACAUGAGCCUGUGCGCCACGGGCGGGCGGCAGCGUUGACUGAGCCAUGGACCGGUGCAAGCACGUGGGCCGCCUGCGCCUGUCCCAGGACCACUCCAUCCUGAACCCCCAGAAGUGGCGCUGUGUGGCCUGCCGGACCACCGAGUCGGUGUGGGCCUGCCUGAAGUGCUCGCACGUGGCCUGCGGGCGCUACAUGGACGAGCACGCGCGGCAGCACUUCCGGGAGUCGCGCCACCCGCUGGCCAUGGAGGUGCGCGAGCUGGACGUCUUCUGCUACGUCUGCGACGACUACGUGCUGAACGACAACGCCGAGGGCGACCUGAAGCUCCUGCGGGGGGCGCUGUCCACGGUGCGCGACCCCUCGUGCCCCGGCCGGCGCAGCCUGCGCUCCCUGGCCGCGGGGGACAGCCCCUCCUGCGAGCCCGCCAGCCCGCGGCCCAGCAUGCAGGCGGCGCUGUGGCACCGGCGGCAGGCCCUGCUGUGGCGGGCCCUGCGGGCCUGGUUCCGCAGGAGCUCGCGCGGCCGGCAGCGGCUGGAGGAGCAGCGGCGGCAGGAGGAGCUGGAGCGCCGCAGGGAGGAGCUGCGCCGGCGGCGCCGCGAGGUGAAGCGCCGCCUGCUGGAGGAGCUUGCCAGCUCCCCGCCCAGGAAGAGCGCCCGGCUGCUCACGCAGGCGCCCCGGGACCCCGUCCUCAUCCCCCGCAAGUUCAGGGACCCCCCGGAGCGCACGCCCCCGCAGGCGCCCCCCGCCUUGCUGGGGCUGCCCCGCAAGUCCGUGAGGAGUGGGAACGCCGCCCGGCUGCGGAAGUACUACUCCUACACCACGUCCCGGCGGAAAGUGGCCCCGGGCGUGACGGGGCUGCGCAACCUGGGCAACACCUGCUACAUGAACUCCAUCCUGCAGGUGCUCAGCCACCUGCAGAAGUUCCGCGAGUGCUUCCUCACCCUGGACCUGUGCGAGACCGAGGAGCUCCUGGCCAAGACCAACAGGCCCCGGGGCGGGGCGGGGCUUUCGGGCAAGGUGGUCAACGGCACGGCCCACUCCGGCACCGCCUCCGGGCGGAACGACAAGCCCGCCCCCGGGGGCCUGUCGGCCGCUGGCAAGCAGGGCCCCCUGCCCAGCCUGAACGCGGCCGAGCUGGUGCAGCCCAAGGAGCCGCGGUCCUCCUCCCGCCAGCAGAUGUCGCUGUGUCACGAGCUGCACACGCUGUUCCGGGUGAUGUGGUCGGGCCGCUGGGCGCUGGUCUCCCCCUUCGCCAUGCUGCACUCCGUCUGGAACCUGAUCCCGGCGUUCCGGGGCUACGACCAGCAGGACGCCCAGGAGUUCCUCUGCGAGCUGCUGGACAAGGUGCAGCAGGAGCUGGAGUCCGAGGGCACCAAGCGCAAGAUUGUCAUCCCCAUCUCCCAGCGGAAGCUCACCAAGCAGGUCCUCAAGGUCGUCAACACCAUCUUCCAUGGACAGCUGCUCAGUCAGGUCACCUGCCUGACCUGCAACUACAAGUCGAACACGGUGGAGCCCUUCUGGGACCUGUCCCUGGAGUUCCCGGAGCGCUACCACUGCGUGGAGAAGGGUGCUGGCACACUGGCCUACCACAGCGACUGCACGCUCACCGAGAUGCUGGCCAAAUUCACCGAGACGGAGGCUCUGGAGGGGAGGAUCUACGCCUGCGAUCAGUGCAACAGUAAGAGGCGGAAAUCCUCCCCGAAGCCCUUGGUUCUCACGGAAGCAUGUAAACAGUUACUGAUCUACAGGCUACCUCAGGUCCUGCGGCUUCACCUCAAACGGUUCAGGUGGUCUGGUCGCAAUCACAGAGAGAAGAUUGGGGUGCAUGUGACCUUCGACCAAGUUUUGAACAUGGAGCCUUACUGCUGCAAGGACUCCCUCUCCUCUCUGCACAGGGAGAGCUUCACCUAUGACCUGUCUGCUGUUGUCAUGCACCACGGCAAGGGGUUCGGCUCAGGACACUACACUGCUUACUGCUACAACACGGAGGGGGGUUUCUGGGUUCACUGCAAUGACUCCAAGAUGAACGUCUGCAGCGUGGAGGAGGUGUGCAACACUCAGGCCUACAUCCUGUUCUACACUCAGCGAUCUGCAGAGGCCAGCAUGGCCUGACCCUCUCACCCGCGUCUGUCCUGCCCCACCGCGCUCUGGACUCUUCGCCGGCUGUGGGGCCCUCCUGCUACAGCAUCACCCCUGGGGCGGAGAGCAGCACGCCAGACUCCGUCAACGAGCGGAUUGCUCCAGCACUGGCACCUGCGCCGUCACCUCGCCAACUGGGGGCGCUCUGGGGGGGUCAGCAAGAAUUAGAGACAUGGGAAGGUGGGGAGUGAUGGGAAAGCGUGUCUCUGCGGUGAAUGAUGGGAAGGUGUGAGUGUCUCCGCGGGGAGUGAUGGGAAGGCGUGAGUGUCUCCGGGGGCGAGUGUCUUCGUGGGGAGUGAUAGGAAGGCGUGAGUGUCUCUGGGGGGAGAGUGUCUUUGCGGGGAGUGAUGGGAAGGCGUGAGUGUCUCCGCGGGGAGCGAUGGGAAGGUGUGAGUGUCUCUGGGGGGCGUGACUGUCUCCAGGGUGCAUAAUGGGAAGUAUGACUGUUGCUGCUGGCCUCGGCGAGGGGGAGACGGAGGCUUGAGGCUUGAACGGUUAGGUGCUGAUGAGUUGUGAGGCGCUGAGGAGACUGCUCCUGGAGCUGAAGACUGAUGAGAUGAAAAGUGCAGAGGGAAGACUGGGAAACGGGUGGCUCUGGGGGUUAGGAAGAAGACUGAUAGGUGAUGAGGAGAGUUCUUCCAAAUGGGUCUGAGAUUAAAGCAGCUGGGAGAAGGUCUGUGUUUGUCUUUUAUUUUGGCAGGGAUAGUUUUUCCAUCAGGCUCCAGAUGUGAGUGGGGGAGAAGAGUGACCAUGCAGCCUAGUGACGCACUGUGACAGAAAAACGAGAUUCAGGAAUUGUGCAAAUUUUUAUUGCAAUGUUUUCUACAUUACUGUGUUCUUCUUUGGGUGUGUGCUUGACAAAGAGGUGAUAUAUCUCAUCUCUCCUUUAUCUCUCGAUGGGAAUGUUAAAACGCAGAACCUCAAUCUUCACACGCUUUUACUCCAAAUCUGAGUAAACAAGUCUGAUCGCUGUGGCUGAGAGAACAGCAGAAGUUUGUUUACACACCUCCGCUCUGGCUGGCUCACAGUUUAAAGAGUUUAGUCACUGGCAUUUUUUCCCAGCAACCUCUCUAACCCAAGCACCAAAUUCUCCUUGAUACAUUUUCUGACGGCUGUGCAUCUGUACCAGUUUACCUGCUGUUAGCUCUGCUGGCUCUCAGGAUACCAGUUCUAAGUACAGUGCAGUCUCAGUUUGCUUUCUUACAGGACUGUGUACUGUAUAGUUUGCCAAGUCGGAGCUUCAGGCUGUUCAUUGGAAAGUGUGGCAUUCCCUAUGCUGCUGUUUCACACAGUCCUGCCAUUUUCAGGAUGACGAAUUGCAGGUUUUUUCUUUUGUCAGCUAGCCCUAGUCACCACUGACUCUUUAGACUGUUUUUCUGUUUCUGGGGCAGUGGGGCUUAAUGAGAUGGUUUUUUUUUUUAAAUAGUCUUGACAUGCAGAGCCAUGGGGGUAACUGAUGCACCAUGUCAGUGUUGAGUGGGCAUCCUGCCCCUAGUGUUCAGGGUGGUGCAUCACGUCAUAGUUGAUUGGGCAUCUUGCCAUUAGUGUUCAGAACAGUGAAUUCGGUCAGUGCUGAGUGGGAAUCCAGCCCCUAGUGUUUUGGUAUGUGGUUGACACUGGGCCCAUCUUAACUUGACAUUCUGUCGUCUAUUGUGGCCACCAUCAGCAUCCAGCGCAGCAGAGCUCCACUCUGGGCAAAGUGCAGCUGACAAACUUCUGCUGUGCUUCUCUGCUCACGUACCAGCAGCCCUGCCUCUCAGGAGCACCAACCAGUGUUUCCCCUCGUAUCUGCAGCCAUUACAGACCACAGGGCUGUGCCUGCUGCACCCUGCCUAGUGGAAGAGGCACAGAUAACAUUUUCCUCCACACGUCUUACCAAGUUUUAUUUACACAUCAUUUUUUCAAGAGGGGGGGUGGUUUACUGUGUCACAGAACAGCCUAUACAGGUUUUAACUUCCUAUCCGAAUACUGUGUGCAAACCGGACCUCUUAACGGGUGCCUUCAGAAGCCCAGUGACAUCAGCUCAGCUGCUAUGCAGACUGCACAACUUAUUGACGAUUGAAAUAUUUUACCUUGGUCCUAUCUUUAAAAUCAUAACUUGAACAUAGACUCUGUCUGCCCCCAUGACCCAGUUUCUGGAUUGGCAGAUGUAUGGGAAAUGACUCGCUCUUCCUGUUGUUUGCUGGUACAGAAGUGGAGUCCCCCACCUCCAAUUUUCUAACUGACAUUGAACUGAUGACAAAGAAGGCUUCUUAAACAAUGUGCCAGAAGAAGGGUGCAGCUUUUAAACCUGUGAAUUUCAUUUCUGUUGAUGUAUGAAAUCAAUUAUUUCAUUUCUGUGUGAAACCUUUUGUUGUUUUUGGAUGAAAUCAAUCUUCAAGUGAUUUAAUUCCCUUUCAGAAAGAAUGUUUAAUGUCACAUCUCCCACCACCCCAAAUCAAGUGAUCUGAGCAUUGUUGAAACAAAUCAAAGCAUAUUCUCUAAAGGACCAAAGCACUCCCCUGAUAUGCCGUAUCUCUAGAUUGUUCAAAAGCAGGGCAGGCAGGCAGGAAAAGAGAGAUCUCGCUUAUUUGGUGCCUUUUCUUACUGCUGACUCACUGCUGCCCUCCCCUGGAGGAGAAUCGGUAAUGCAAACGAACCAAUCGAGUUAACAUCCUGGGUCGAAUUCAUGGAAAAACAUUUUCCAACACGUUAUAUUUUACAUCCGUUUUGACUCUAUCAAAAAACAGUGUUAAAGGGUGAAUCUAUAAUCUUUCAAUAUACUGAGUAAGAAGUCAUAUCAUGUAAUAGUUUCUUUUCUAAUAUCAGGAUCCUCAUCAUCCCCCAUCCAGUUUGCUUCAUUCCAAAGUAAUUAGAUCUGGACUCUGAGGUUUUUGCUUACAAAAGGUGUAAAUAGCGUGUUGGAAUAUAUUUUAUGAAUACGUCCCCUUGUGUCUUGUCACAACAAAGUGACCCUUAUGUAUUUUGAUUUUUUCAUACCUGUAUAAAGAAUCAGUCCUUAACCAGCAUAUUAAAUCUCAGUAUGAUCUAGUCUGCAUCUGGAACUUUGUAAUAUAUUGAGAUUCUUGGGUUUUUUUUUUUAAUAGAGGGAUGGUAAGGGCAGUGUACUUCUGAAAUCAAUAUUUUUUUCUAACUGAGUUGCUCUGGCCUACUGUAACUAGAACGUUCUUGUUUGUUUUAUUGCCUUGAAAUUUUAAAAUGGAAAACCUCUUUGCGAUUGCUGGCUCAGAGUAAACGUCAUUCUUAAGA